AGCCGCAUCGUUUCCUCCCCCGCCCCUCUCCGUCACCACUGUCCCUAUCUGAUGACGCAGGAGUCGGUGUUUACCAUGGCGACUAGCUGCUAAUUGAUAGAAAAAUGUGUGUUUUAUAGCUGUAGGAACAGUCAUAGUUUUGCGGGAAAAGUUGGAAGCUAUUUCUUUCACAAUGAACAAUAGAACUUCUUAUUUUUACGACCCAGACGUGGGCAACUUUCAUUAUGGUGCUGGCCACCCCAUGAAGCCUCACCGUCUGUCUCUGACUCACAGUCUGGUGCUGCACUAUGGACUCUACAAGAAGAUGAUGGUGUUUAAGCCAUAUAAAGCAUCUCAGCACGACAUGUGUCGGUUCCACUCUGAAGACUACAUCGACUUCCUGCAGAAGGUCAGCCCCAACAACAUGCAGGGCUUCACUAAGAGCCUCAACACGUUCAAUGUCGGAGACGACUGUCCCGUGUUUCCAGGUCUUUUUGAGUUUUGCUCGAGAUACACAGGAGCCUCCUUACAGGGAGCAACCCAGCUCAACCACAAGAUCUGUGACAUCGCCAUCAACUGGGCCGGUGGUUUGCAUCACGCCAAGAAGUUUGAGGCAUCUGGCUUUUGUUACGUCAAUGACAUCGUCAUCAGUAUACUGGAGCUACUUAAAUACCACCCGAGGGUUCUGUACAUCGACAUAGACAUUCACCAUGGCGACGGCGUGCAGGAAGCCUUUUACCUGACCGACCGUGUCAUGACGGUGUCCUUCCACAAAUAUGGGAACUACUUUUUUCCAGGAACAGGUGACAUGUAUGAGGUGGGAGCAGAGAGCGGCCGGUACUACUGCCUCAACGUUCCUCUGAGAGACGGCAUCGACGACCAGAGCUACAGGCAGCUGUUCCAGCCUGUUAUUAAACAGGUGGUGGAUUUCUACCAGCCGACCUGCAUCGUCCUGCAGUGUGGAGCAGAUUCUCUGGGCUGUGACAGACUGGGCUGCUUCAACCUCAGCAUACGAGGACACGGUGAGUGUGUGGAGUUUGUAAAGAGUUUUAAGAUUCCUCUGCUGGUGCUGGGAGGAGGAGGGUACACAGUGAGGAACGUGGCUCGCUGCUGGACCUUUGAGACGUCUCUGCUGCUGGAUGAAUCCAUCAGUGAUGAGCUGCCUUACAGCGAGUAUUUUGAGUACUUUGCUCCAGACUUCACGCUGCAUCCUGACGUCAGCACCAGGAUAGAGAACCAGAACUCCAGACAGUACUUGGAGCAGAUCCGUCAGACCGUGUUCGAGAACCUGAAGAUGUUGAACCACGCGCCCAGCGUCCAGAUCCACGACGUUCCGUCCGACAUGCUGAGCUACGAACGCACCGACGAGCCGGACCCUGACGAGAGGGGGGGCGAAGAACCCUACACCAGGCCGGAGGCAGCCAACGAGUUCUACGAUGGCGACCACGACAACGACAAAGAGAGCGACGUAGAAAUUUGACCUACGUGGAAGAAAGGAGUGGAGCUUCUUCCUCAUAGCUGUCUGUUUGCCUCAGCUGCCGCCUGCAAACAUCACGUCGUCCCUGUAGAUUGAACAGAAUCUCUGGAAAGGACUGAAAAGACUUUUUACUCUGUAGGUUCCCACAGACACAGUAACAGACGUGAUGUUAGCCCCAGAGCCUUGGAUAUAAUGUCACUGAGUUCACCUUCACACAGCAGUGUUUUCAUUUCUAUUUGGGGUUGUCAGACAGACUGAGCCCAAAUGACAUAUACUAUAAUAAUGCUGGAAACUAGUGAUGUGCCAAUGAAGCCUCAUGAACCAUUUUUUUUAAUUUUCUGAGCCCACUAGAUGGAUCUCUUAGGUUUAUAGAAAAUGAUCAAGAAAUGGUAGUUGAGUGCAAAGAUAUAUAUCUAUAUAAAUACUAGAUGGCUCAAACACGCUGUUAGCCAAUGGAGACCGGCGUCCUCGCAUGGCGGCCAUCUUGCCACAGGCAGCUCACCCACUCAUAACAAAGUAAAAGUCUACGGUGCAUGUAGCAUUUAAAUAACCAGAGAUUGAUUCAUUUUAAACCCAACGGUUUGGUUUGUUAUAAACCUCAGAGUUGGAGUUAUGUUCCUGCAUACUCAAGAAUAAUUUUAACCAUGGACUUUCAUAAAUAAACAUUAAGCAGAUAGGUAGAGCAAUAGCUAUAGGCCUAAACACAUAUGGUAGUUAUGUUCAAUAAUUUAUAUAUAAAACAUUUAAUCAUGACAUAACUACCACUCUGAGGUUUAUAACAAACCAAACCGUUUGAAAACCGGGUUAAAAUUAAACAAUCUCUGGUUAUUUAAAUGCUACAUGCAUCUUAGACUUUGAUGUUAUGAGUGGGUGAGCUGCCUGUGGCAAGAUGGCCGCCGUAUAGGGACGCUGGUGUCUCAGCCUCGAGCCAUCUAGCCUUUCCUAUAGAUAUCUAUGAUCGAGUGUGCUUUCAGCUCUUUGUUGAACAGAGAGCUCCAUCUAGUGGCUCAGAAAAUAAAGAAAAUGGUUCUUGAGGCUUCACUGGCACACCACUACUACUAAUACACAGUCAUUUAAAUUACAGGAUAUGAUGUUACUUCUUUUGUUAAUUUACAGUGAAAACAAGUAUCAGGACUCAAACUUUAUCCGAUUUUCUUAACGUCCAACGUCUAGAUUUUGAUAAAUCCAUUUUUUUUCCUUUACAUUUUUUACACUUAUCUUAUUCAUGUUGUUGUAGUAAUUGAAUAUAUAUGUUUUUUUGAUAAAAGGAACUUAUCAUCUACAACAAAUUUCACAAGUAUU